AUGGCUUCCAUCUACGAACUCAACCAACCUCCAAAUCCGUUCUGGGAUUUUGUCAACGGCAACCUAGAGGACCAUCCUUUCUUUGUUCCUCGCGGACAUCACGGACAUCGUGGACGUCGUGGAUGGGAUAACCUCCAGCAGAACGACAAUUCCACCCGAGGUGCUCAAACAGGUGAAACUACUGAGCCCAACGGCAACAUGGAGAAAGACGAAAGGUCGGCAUCAGACUCUGACUCCCCAAACAGCCACCACCGUCGCUGCGACCACUGCGGAAAUGGUAAAGGCAAAGGCAAAGGCCGUGGAGGUCCCGGCCACCAAGGUCCAGGCCCAUUCCGUGGCAAGGACGGCAAGGGAAGGCAUGGACAUGGCCCUCACGCUGGGCCCUAUGGCCACCAUAAUACCUCCAAGGGAUUCUCACAAGAUCCGGAAGAAGUUAGCGAAGUCGGUGAACUCUCCGAGUCAAACGCGCUCCCAUCCGCCCCUAAAGAGAACAUCGAACUCUCGGCAUCAGACUCUGACUCUCCCAACAACCACCACCGUCACGACCACAGUGGAAAGUGCAAGAACAAGGGCCAUGGAGUUCCCGGUCACCAUGGGCCAGGUCCCUUCCGGGGCAAGGGUGGCAAAGGAAAACACGGCCAUGGCCCUCAUGCUGGGCCUUAUGACUUCCACAAUUACGGCCACAACCACCACCACGGUGCCAGUACUUUCGGGGGCCCUGGACGCGAGGGAAACGGUAGACAUGGACAUGGGCAUGGACACGGCCCCCAUGCUAGUCCAUAUAGCUUCCCCGGUGCCUUCGAUUUCGGGCCCCGUGGACAGGGUCACCGCCAUAAAGGAGGUCCCGGUGGCCGCGGCAGACACCAUGGCGGACCUCCUUUCAGCGGUCCGUUCGAUUUCCUGCGCCAGCUUGGUGCUGGACUUGGUUUCCCCAUGAACACGCCUACCGCAGAGGAUGUUGACUUCACGCCCUCCGUUGACGUCUUCAAUACCCCUACCAAGUACAUUGUGCAUGUCUCACUGCCUGGAGCUAAGAAGAGCGACCUCAGCAUUGACUACGAUGCUGAUGAGUCUGUUCUGCAUCUGGCGGGUGUGGUUUAUCGCCCCGGUGUCAAUGAGGAUAUGCACCAAGCUCUUGUUAUGGAAGAGCGGGGUCGACACGUUGGUGUCUUUGAGCGCGAGAUUCGUCUUGGGAGUCGAGUUGCCCCGGCUUCUGUAAUUGUUGAUGGCAUCUCGGCAAAGCUGGAGGAUGGUGUCUUGAAUGUUACACUGCCGAAAAUUGUUCAGGAUCCUGGGGUUGGGAAGACAAAGGUUUUUGUGGAGGAUGGUGAUUUGGAGAAUGAGAAAGACGCCAUGGUUGUGGACGAGGCGACUGUCACCCCAGUGGAGUCUGAAGGGAGUGACGUUGAAGAUGUUGAAGCGAGAGAGUAUGUUAAGGUUCAUGUGCAGUGA